AUAGACUUUGUAAAAGGAAAGCAAGAGGUUUAUACAAAUAGAGUUUGUUUACUGCGAGUUAACUUACAAGUGUCUUAUUAUGAAUUAGUUCUUACAAAAUGAGUUCAAUAGUCAAUACCAGUAAGAAACGUUCAAGGAAUGGAUGUCAAAGUUGCAAAAAACUAAAAAUCAAAUGUGAUGAAAAGAAGCCAAAUUGUGAAUAUUGUUCAUCUACGGGCCGAAGUUGCAUGUAUGUGGUUAAGAAAUUAAAGAAGGAUCUAAAGAAGAAGCAAAGUAGUCCAAACGUGGCUUUGAGAAAUAGAGAAAUACCGUUAACAUACAGUGUCAAUAAUCAAUUAGUAAAUACAAUAAAUUAUUUAAAUGUAAAUAAAUUUGAGAUUGGAUUGUUUGAAUUCUUCAAUAAAAAUUGUCUUUACUUAUUUUCGUUUGGAUCAGGAAGCAAAAAUACCUGGAAUGGUCAAUUGCCUAAAUUGUUCUUUGAAAGUUCCAUUAUUAGAAAUUCUGUAUGUUCGUUUUCUUCAUUGAAUCUACUUUCUAUUAUGGAAGACGUUGACCUUCCACUGGUGAUGAAUAAAGGAAGUAAGCCCUUAGAAUAUCCAUCAGCUAUUAUCAAAAGAUUUGGAAAAGCCAAUUAUAAUCAAGAUAUAUUGAAAAAUCAAUUAUUUCGUCAACUAUGUCAUUAUUUCAAUAAUUCAGUUAAAAAGACAAACUCCUUAAUAACUACAACGCAGCGAGAGAGUUCAACCUCAUUAUUUAUUGAUCCUCAAAUUGCUCAAGAAUUAGUCAUAUCCAAUGUCCUUAUCUUUACAUUUUUAGCCAUUCAUCCCCAUAAUACAAUUUCUUUGGUUAACUUCCAAACAAGACAAGAUUUCUUAUCAAUUUGUAAAGGUGUUAGAUCAACCAUUCUUUGGUGCAUGCCCACUAUUAUUGAACAUGAUCUUAAGUUACUACUUGGAUUUUUUAAAGAUUUUGAGACCAACACUUCCAUCCCAACCAUGAAGCAAUUAACCUUUCCGUUACUAUCAUCUUUCAAACAAGAUCUUCAGAAUACCUUCAAUCCAACGAAUCCUGAUUCUCUCAUCUUACAGCAAUCUCUAAAACUCUUACAUAAUGCUAUCUACAACUGCAUUAAUUAUAAUUAUCCUAAUCCGAUUUUCAGAUGGAUACUACGAUCGUCACCUUCAUUUCAUCAAUUAGUAUAUGAAAAGAAUUUAAUGGCCUUACGUUUACUAUAUAUAUAUUCAAGCCUUUGUUUAAUGGUUAGGUUUCAAUUAUUUAAUGAUUCAAAUAUAUGGAAGGAAUAUAUUGAAUGGUAUCGAGAUUACAAUUUGAUUACCUAUCAUAAGUGGAACUUCAAAUCAGAUGAAAACUUAUAUGCUGUAGCUUAUAUCAAGAGGUAUGGUUUUAAGAUUGAAAAGUAUGGAGAAUUAUCUACAUUUAAUCCAGAUACAAUGAUUAACACAAUAUUAUAAUACAUUUUACAUGCAAAUAUAUAUAUAUACG